AUGCAUCUGUCUCUUUUCUCCCUCUUCUCCCUGCUCUCUGCCUCAACACUAGCAACCGCAGCAUCCGCCGCCCGUCAUCUCACCAUCACCAUCCCUCCCUCGACCAUCCUCCCCAACCCAAACGUCCUCCCAGCCAAUACCCACGCGACUCUCACAACCUUCACAAAGAACACAAAUGACAACCACCACUUCACUGCACCCCUCUCCCGCUCCGCAACCUUCGACUUCCACCACCUCCCCGCCUCCUCGAAGCCCGAAUCCUACCUCCUCGACAUCCGCUCCCCGGAGUAUGUGUUCGCUCCCCUUCGCGUCGACGUCGCUGCCGAUGGCUCUGUCUUGGGUAUCUGGGAGACCUUUCGCGGGAACCCGUGGGAUAACCGCGGCACGGAGAAGUUCGUCUUCGAUGCGAGUGCUCCCCGCGGUGGUAACAGUGGAGCUGAAGAAGCUGUAAUGGUUGAGGCGAAGGUUCUGGCCCGGAGAGGCUUUUAUGAGGAGAGGUCGAAGUUCUCCCCCCUGGCUUUGUUUAAGAACCCCAUGAUCCUGAUGGCUUUGGUGGCUCUCGGUUUCACCUUUGGAAUGCCCAAGUUGAUGGAGAACAUGGACCCCGAAAUGCGCGCCGAAUUCGAGAAGCAGUCUCGCUCUUCUCCCAUCGGAGGCGCAACCAGAAGUGCUAUGGCUGGUGGCGGGGCUCCCGGGAACUUCGACCUGGCUGGCUGGAUGGCCGGUGCUACUCCUAGACCCGGUGCGUCUGAAAUCACCCCCAAAGUCAUCACCACCGAAAUCCCCUCCAUCAAAACCACCACCACCAUAAUCACCCGGAGGAGGACCAUCAAAGUCAUGUCCAAGAUCCUCAACAGCAUCCGCCAACAAAAACCCACCUAG